AUGCAGUCCUCUCCAAACAUGCUCACCAAGUUUGAGUCGAAAUCCUCCAGAGCCAAGGGAAUCGCAUUUCACCCGAAACGACCAUGGAUCCUCGUCUCCCUCCACUCCUCUACUAUCCAGCUGUGGGAUUACCGCAUGGGAACUCUCAUUGACCGCUUCGAAGAACACGAUGGCCCUGUUCGAGGAAUCGAUUUCCACCCGACUCAGCCCCUGUUUGUGUCCGGCGGUGACGACUACAAGAUCAAGGUCUGGAACUACCAGACUCGGAGGUGUCUGUUUACAUUGAAUGGUCAUUUGGAUUAUGUGCGCACGGUGUUCUUCCACCCCGAGCUCCCAUGGAUCCUGUCUGCGUCCGACGACCAGACCAUACGUAUCUGGAACUGGCAGAACCGUUCUCUAAUCUGUACUAUGACCGGUCACAACCACUAUGUUAUGUGCGCUCAGUUCCAUCCCACCGAGGACCUCAUCGCCUCCGCCUCUUUGGACCAGUCCGUUCGCAUCUGGGACAUUUCCGGCCUGCGAAAGAAGCACUCCGCCCCGACCUCGGUUUCAUUUGAGGACCAGAUGGCUCGCGCCAACCCCAACCAAGCCGACAUGUUUGGCAAUACAGAUGCCAUUGUGAAGUUUGUGCUGGAGGGUCAUGACCGCGGAGUCAACUGGGUGUCGUUCCACCCAACAUUGCCAUUGAUUGUGUCGGCUGGUGACGACCGGUUGGUCAAGCUCUGGCGCAUGAGUGAUACCAAGGCAUGGGAAGUUGAUACUUGCCGCGGCCAUUUCCAGAACGCCUCCGCCUGCCUGUUCCACCCUCACCAGGACCUCAUCCUCUCCGUCGGCGAAGACAAGACAAUUCGUGUGUGGGAUCUCAACAAGCGGACCUCUGUGCAGUCGUUCAAGCGCGACCUCGACCGAUUCUGGGUGAUCGCCGCCCACCCCGAGAUGAACCUGUUCGCCGCGGGUCACGAUACUGGUGUGAUGGUGUUCAAGCUGGAGCGUGAGCGCCCUGCCUCCGCUGUUUACCAGAACCAGCUGUUCUAUAUCACCAAGGAGAAGCACGUCAAGUCUUACGACUUUGCCAAAAACGUCGAGUCCCCUCCCAUGCUUUCGCUGCGCAAGCUUGGCUCCCCUUGGGUUCCCCCACGCACCGUUUCCUACAACCCUGCCGAACGCGCCAUCCUGGUCACCUCCCCCACGGACAAUGGAACGUACGAGUUGAUCCACCUUCCUCGGGAUGCCACUGGUGCUGUUGAACCCACCGAUGUUAAGCGUGGCCAGGCUACGUCUGCGGUCUUCGUUGCCCGUAACCGUUUCGCGAUCUUCAACCCCUCCAACCAGCAGGUCGACAUCAAGGACCUGAGCAACUCUACAACCAAGACCAUCAAGCCCCCCGCUGGCACAACGGACAUUUACUUUGGCGGCACCGGUUGCCUGCUCUUCAUUACCCCCACCACCGUUACUCUCUUCGACAUUCAGCAGAAGAAGCAGCUGGCUGAACUUGCUGUCAGUGGUGUGAAGUAUGUCGUAUGGUCCAAUGAUGGUCUCUACGGUGCUCUGCUCAGCAAGCACAACGUUACCAUUGUGACCAAAACCCUCGAGCAAGUCAGCACCUUGCACGAGACUAUUCGCAUCAAGAGCGCAACUUGGGAUGAUUCUGGCGUGCUCAUCUACUCGACCCUUAACCACGUCAAGUAUUCGCUACUCAAUGGUGAUAACGGAAUUAUUCGCACCCUCGACCAGACCGUCUACCUUGUCCGCGUCAAGGGACGUAACGUGUACUGCCUCGAUCGCAAUGCCCAACCCCAGAUUCUCGCUAUCGAUCCCACCGAAUACCGAUUUAAGCUAGCUCUGGUCAAACGGAACUAUGAUGAGAUGCUUCAAAUCAUCAAGACCUCUAGCUUGGUGGGCCAAAGCAUUAUCUCAUACUUGCAGAAGAAGGGCUACCCCGAGAUCGCCUUGCAGUUCGUUCAAGACCCGCAGACCCGUUUUGACUUGGCCCUGGAGUGCGGUAACCUUGAGGUUGCCAUCGAGAUGGCCCGCGAGCUGGAUCGCCCGAACUUCUGGAACCGGCUGGGAGCUGAGGCUCUGGCCCACGGCCACCACCAGACUGUCGAGAUGACCUACCAGAAGCAACGGAAUUUCGACAAGCUGUCUUUCCUUUACCUCGCCACCGGUGAUCAAGAAAAGCUUUCCCGCAUGGCUAAGAUCGCUGAGCACCGUGGAGACUUUACCUCUCGUUUCCAGAACGCCAUCUACCGUGGCGACGUUGAGGACCGCAUCCAGAUGUUCAAGGAGGUUGACAUGUACCCUCUGGCCUAUCUUACGGCGAAGUCGCACGGCUUGUCGGAGGAAGCUGAAUCCAUUCUCGAGGCUUGCGGUCUCACAGAGGACCAAAUUUCCCUCCCCUCGCUUGAGCAUCCCCUAAAGGUUCCGCCUCCCUUUGUUCCAACCUUCAAGUCCAACUGGCCCGUCAAGGCUGCUGGCCACUCUUCGUUCGAGAAGGCCCUUCUCGGCGAGGUCGGUGCUGGUGACGAAGAGGCUGGCGCAGAUGCCUUUGAGGUCGAGGAGGAGGAGACAGAGGCUGUGCUCGCCAAGGAUACCCUUGAUGAGGAGGAGGAAGAUGCCUCUGGAUGGGAUAUGGGUGACGACAUCAAUGUGGAGGAGGAUGUCGAGUUUGUCAACGUCGAGAGCACCGAGGCCGGUGCGGGCAGUUCCGAGGCCGACCUGUGGGCUCGUAACUCUCCGUUGGCGGCUGAUCACGUUGCCGCUGGCUCCUUUGACACUGCUAUGCAGCUUCUGAACCGUCAGGUCGGAGCCGUCCAGUUCGCUCCCCUGAAGGACCGAUUCCUUGAGAUCUACAAGGGCUCCAAGACCUACCUCCCUGCCUCUAGUGGCCUCCCGCCUCUGGUGAACUAUGUGCGGAGAAAUACCGAGGAGACCGACAGCCGUAAGGUCCUGCCUAACAUUCCUCGUGAUCUCGAGACGAUCGCCAGCGACAAUCUCCAAGAAGGCUACGCUGCCAUGCGGGCCAACAAGCUCGAGGAGGGCGUAAAGUACUUCCGGGACAUCCUGCAUACCGUCCUUGUCAACACAGUUUCGUCCGAAAGCGAGGUUGAGCAAGCGAAGAAGAUCAUCACUACGGCUCGGGAAUACAUCCUUGCCAUGUCAAUCGAGCUGGAGCGCCGAUCUCUCUCUACCGACACCCCUGAGGGUCUUAAGCGCAGCCUGGAAUUGUCCGCAUAUUUCACUAUCCCAAAGCUGGAGGUGGCACACCGACAGCUCGCGCUAAUGGCUGCCAUGAAGCUCGCAUUUGCCAACAAGAAUUUCAAUUCUGCUCUGGGCUUUGCCAACCGAAUGCUGGCCAACGGCGGCUCUGCCAAGCUUCUGGACCAGGCCAAGAAAAUCAAGGCUCAAUGCGAGCGCAACCCCCAGGACGCGAUCGAUAUCGAGUUUGACCAAUUCGCCGAGUUCGACAUCUGCGCUGCCUCGUUCACCCCGAUCUUUAGCGGCUCCCCUUGCGUGGCCGACCCCUUCACUGGUGCGAAGUACCACGAGCAAUACAAGGGCAGUGUCUGCCGCAUAUCCGAGGUGACCGAGAUCGGCGCGCCGGCCAGCGGCCUGCGCCUGUUCGUCCCAGCUCAAUAUUAA